UUUGGUCAGUUUAGAUCAGAGUAGCAUCAAAGACAGAGCUCUCAUUCUUCGUAUUUUCGGUUUUAAUAUUUUUUUAAUGUUUUGAAAUAAAAAAAAAAAAUUUAUUGCAGAAGAUGCACGAGGACAGACUUUGAACUUUUACCUGGAAUGAUUUUAAUUUUCCAAAACUAAAUCCAGAUCCCCGGAUUACUCUGUUCAUCGCCAUUUAUUUCUAAAGAGUAAUAAUAGGAGACGUAUUUUGAGUCACAGUGGAAAUCUUACUCCUUAAAGAGGACACAACGCGAGGGGGGCGCGGCUGAUCCGGAUCUUAUCAGGAUGGAGAAUAUUCGGGCUGGCCCGGUCCGAUCCCGGGACUCCGCGGAGGAGUCGAACCGGGCCGUUCCUCAACCCCUGCAACCUCCCGGACUCCCACAGAUCCACCGGGUCACAAACUUCUACAUAGAUAACAUCCUGAGGCCUGACUUCGGUCGGCAGAGAAAGGAUGGGACGCGGGUUCGGGAGGGGGGUAGUCCGGGACGGUUUUUACAGAGACACGAGCGCGCGGGGACAAAGUCAUCCAAAAACCCGCCGGGGGUUGAAGGCCAGGACCAGGUCCGGGGGGAGGAUACUGGGACACCUGAGGACCAGCAGUCGGGUUGUGUGGCCCGGAGGCCGGAGCUGAGGGCCAGGGAGGAUGCCGUGACGGACCGGGGGGACAAACCUAUGCUGUGGCCGGCCUGGGUCUAUUGUACCCGGUACUCCGACCGUCCGUCCUCAGGUCAGAAAUCCCCCCACACUCCCGUUUGAACUGUUUUAAUGGAUUAAUUUAAAUCAACGCUCAAAUAAUAUAGUUGAAUUUAACAUAUAGCUCUUUCUUCGAUUCCCUUAUAAUACACCUGUAAAUAUGUUUGAGGACUGUGAAGAGACGAAAUGAUAUUUUAUUCCCUUAACGACCCCCCCCCCCUUUUAUUUAUUUUUUUUAGAUAAUCACAUCAGAUCUCACUGACAAAACCAUUUUUAUACCAUCCGAUUUAUUUCUCCGAUUUAUUUUCCCGAUUGAAUAUCUCAAUUAUUUCCUACUUUGAUUUAAAUAAAAAAAAUCAAAAAAGAAAGAAAACUGUAGAAGAUCUGUGAUGAACACAGGCCAAACCACAAUCGGAUUCGAUCAGUCAAACUCGAGCAGCAUUGUAAGGUGAUAUCAGAAACUCAUUCAGGGGGAAAAAAGCGCUUCAGCGACUGUCCGAAUAUUUCAGCAUUUGAAAAAAUCAAAUAAAAGUAGAAUUCAAAUGUGAAAAAGUGAAGAAAAACCAAGUUUAACGCCAUUGUUCGUCAGUUUUCUUUGUUGAUGUGUCAUUAGCAUAUUUUUUUGACAAUGAGGAGGGGUCCCAAAAAGUGAGACCGAAGUCCCAAAAAAAAAAGAGAGUCGAUCCUUAACAAUGGCAUCAACCCGUUUAAAGUUGUCCUUAUUUACUCACAUGAAAAUACAAUAAAAUAAAUAACAAUCCAAUAAUCUUUCGAACUUUGAUUUUAAUCAGAAUUUAAAGUUUUUUUUAAGAAGAUAUUUAGGCCUAUGUUUGCUGUGAUGUCGCUCUACUCUCUCUAAAAGCUCUGAUUCACAUAAACUAACAUCACUCUGAUCAAUAGUCGACAGACAUUUCUCAGGCUUUGAGUGAUUCAUUGGUUUGUUGGUUUAUUGACGGAUUUUACGCACUGACUUUCGUCCUGCACUUGGACUUUUCUUUGUCAGGAUGAGUUCACGCGCUCACUCUUAUAAAACGUCAUAUAAAAGGUAAAUAAUAAUAAACUGAAUAUGAGGAGGGCAGUAAGGAAGGAGGUUAUCGUCUGAAGGUAAAUAUUCAUUCUUACUUUAGACCGAUAUAAAUAUGUUUUGUUUGUUUUUAUCGUCCUCGUGAAGUUUGAGGAGCUGCAGGCCGGACACAAAGACACACACACACACACACACACACACACACACACACACACACACACACACACACACACACACACACACACACACACUGAUACAAAAUCUUUGAAACUCAUAGAAACACACACUUUGAGCAUGUGUUGUGGGUUAAUUUGUGUCAAAGGCCUGUUUGUAAGUCAACACUUCACUCACCGACGCGCACUCUCGCCUUUCUUUUCACUUGAUGUGUUUUUAUUUCCAUAUUAAUAUGAUUAAACCUGAAUGUCGGAAACUUUCGUGGUUUUUUGUUUGGGAGGAAACUUAUGUUCAAAACUGGAGUUUCUAUGGUAACAAGGAGGGAAAGAGGCGCCGAACUCCCCCAUCCUCCAUCAUAUAACCCCACCCCCACCAAUAAACCUCCUCCUCUCCCUCCUCCUCUUCCUCCUCGGGUGCACGCUCACGCACAUAUGCACGCUGCUGCACAGCCCGUCCUCACACUGCGCAUUUACGCAUCAAUAUUUUGGAAUUUUUCGGAUUCCGACUCAUUUUUUUCCUAAUGAGACACAUAGACGAAUCCUAAAUGAGAACCUCUGAUUAAACGCCAAUAACGAAAACCUCGUGUUCUGGGAUAAAACUUCAUAAAAAUGAAAACUUUCUAAGGAACCGAGGAGUUUUUUUUUUUUUUGCUCCACCUGUGGACACAAUUUUUAAACUGAGCACAGCGCAUAAAUGACCAAUUCCCCCAUCACCGUCCGCUCUGCAGACUGGGGGGGACUGGGCUGCUGUCUGACGGAUAUAAAAGUUCAUUUAUUAUUCAUAAUGAGCGACGUCUUACUGACAGAAUCGAACCCCUGCCGUGUAAGGAUGGUGUGUCAAUGAAAUGAUCGUUUUAAAGAGCUGAAAGGUCAUCAUUCUAGCUUUGCUGGGUUGUUAUUCGUGUAGGUGUUGGAUUUUAGUAUCAAAAACAGUCCGAUGCGUUUGUGUUCACAUGAAUUUACAAUAAGGGCACACAGCUUUUUGAUUCUCCGACUUAAAGUCCUUAAGAAGUUGGGGACUAGAUGUGUUUUUAUCUGAAGGCAUCAGCACGGGCCCACAGCCUGUUUCAGCAGACAUCAGCAGUAGGUAAGGGGGCGCAUUUGUGAUCCCAACUUGAAAUCACAGCAGAUUGGCCUACAGGCUGUAUUUUGAUUCUGUUUAUGCUUUAUUUAGUGGGAAACAGAUAGGAAAUUCAGAGGCUCUCAAAAAAGUGUUAUUGUAGAGCCACUUCGGCGACAUUCAAGGAAAGAAAACGCCACGAAAUAGGCUAUCAAUUUCAAAAAAAUAAAUGUUUAAUGCGAUAAUUAUUAGAGAUUUUAUAUUUUUUGCACACGCAACUUCAGUAGUUGUCGCCCUCAUGUUGUCCCCUUCAUGUGCUCUGAAAUGCACUUUACUCAAUAAAACAAGUGGAUUUAAGUUAAAGAUUAAAGUCUUAACUGAAGAGGUCUGAAACUUCUUAUAGUUACACAUCCUGCAGGGGUGCAAAUCCAGAGUAAUCCAUUGUUGCGCACGCGCUCAGAUGGACACGGGUACUCCUCUCACAGUGGAGCAGUUACUAUGAAGACAGUAUCACCUUUUACGUAACAGAGGGAUAGUGUGCUAACAAUGAGACAGAUCUGUUUUUUUUACACUAUUUAAUGCGAUAUUUAUUAGAGAUUUGAUAUUUUUUGCACACGCAACUUCAGUAGUUGUCGUCCUCAUGUCGUCCCCUUCAUGUGCUCUGAAAUGCACUUCACUCAGUAAAACAAGAGGAUUUAUGUGAAAGAUUAGAGUCUUUUAAGUUUUUUUUUUUAUAUAUAAAAAUCAAAUUUGCUUGGUUUGAAUUCUAUCAAAGUGGGUCGCGACUUGAGGACCAUGGGAAAAUGUAGGUCCCAGAGUGAGACCAGUUGAGAACCACUGGUGUUAAUACUUCCUCGCCCUCUAAUCUGCCCUUUUCCCAAAGUUAUUAUAAAUAUAUAAUUAAAGUUAUUAUAUAAAUUUUGAAAAGAAUAAUCAAAACCUGCAGAGGCUCUAUCUAAAUAACCUCGAGUAUGCUUAAAUCAGAGAACCCGGCUGAAUAAUUAUUGAUGCCCUCUAAUUGUUUCCUGCUGGAUCACACUAAUACAGUUUGUUUAACACCAACGUUGAAACAUUUUGGAUGACCUUGUUGCUAACGUCUGGGGAUAAUUAUAAUUUGAGUCUCUUAUCGAAAAAGCUUGAGUUGCACCACAGCAGGAUAACAACAGACAAACAACAACAACAACAACAAAAAACUUUACUGCUUUCCAUCUAUAGGCUGCAUAUUGUUGGGGCAGUCUGCGCCUCUAAAGUUUACACGUUUGAAAAGCACUUUAGCAAGAAUAGGCAGCCUCUGUACGGACGUGAUUGAAGAAUUACUAUGAUUUAAUCAUCAUCUUGUGGCCAUGCAUUGUUAUCCUUCCUUUCUGACAUAUCAGAGGAGUGUUUGUGGCGGGUUUCUACACAGCCACCUCUCGAAGGGCUUCAGUGAGCGUAAAGAGACUGAGAUAAUAUCGAAUUACAAGGGGAACAGGAGUCUGAUAAGUCCAAUAAAGCACUCAGUUAGUCAUCAGGAGGAGAGUUCAGGGUUUUACUCCUCCCCUUGGUUCUGACACUUCAGCCAGCCUGUCACAGAUUUUUCACCUGACCCGCUCUGAUUCUGUUUCAGGUCCCAGAUCCCGCAAACCAAAGAGGGCCCCGGUCCCCACUAAGGAGGACAAGCGGCCUCGCACGGCCUUCACGGCGGAGCAGCUGCUCCGGUUAAAAUCGGAGUUCCAGAAGAACCGGUACCUGACGGAGCAGCGCCGCCAAGAUCUGGCCCAGGAACUCGGUCUUAACGAGUCUCAGAUUAAGAUCUGGUUCCAGAACAAGCGGGCAAAGAUGAAGAAGAGCUCCGGGAACAAGAACUCUCUAGCCCUGCACCUAAUGGCGCAGGGCCUCUACAACCACUCCACUUCACGAGACGGCCCGUCAGACAGCGACUAGGCCGAAAACCGAACCAAGACCCGGACCUAGGACAAGACUCUCCAAACCAACACAACACAACCUCCCCAGAGCCAGCGAACAUUUAGGCUACUUCAGACUGUUCCUGUGUGUGUGUAUGUGUGUGUGUGUCCUCAGGGCUGUAGUGAUGACGUCACUCACAGGUUGUCAUGUUUACCUGCUCUAAUCAGAUCCUCUCAGGUGUCCAAUUAAAGGCACAGUGUGUAGUUUUUUUAAUCGUCAUUCAUCAAAAUGGAGUCAGUAUGCAUAUGUGUUCAAUCAGGUGAAGGUUCAAACCUGUUUGUUUUCAAGGACAUGUACUGGUCCCCCGGAUUUGCAUGUUUGGCAGUGGUUCUCAACUGGUGUCACUCUGGGACCCACAUUUUCCCAUGGUCCUUAAGUUGUGACCCACUCUUAUAGAAUUCAAACCAAGCAAAUUUUAUUUUUAUAUUAAAAAAACCCUUUAAAGACUCUAAUCUUCAACAUAAAUCCACUUGUUUUAUUGAGUAAAGUGCAUUUCAGAGCACAUGAAGGAGACAACAUGAGGACGACAACUACUGAAGUUGCUUGUGCAAAAAAAAUCAAAUAUCUAAUAAAUAUCGCAUUUAAUAUUUACUUUUUUGACCGGCUGUUUGUUACCCAUCCAGACCGUGUCCGUGACCCACUUUUGGGUCGGGACCCACCAGUUGAAAACCACUGUUCUACGGUAUCACAGAAUGGACAAACUAGUAACAUCGGUGUUUUUUUUGUGUGUUUGUUUGUUUUUUGUGUUUGUUUUUUUUUGUGAGUGACGGUGUGAAAUGCACAAGAAAAUUUGUGUUUUUAUUGUGCUCAAAAGAAUAUUGGUGUAAAAAAAAGUAAAAGUAUUGGUUAAAAAAAAAAAAAAAAAGAGUCACCAAGGUAAUGGUGAGCAAGGAAAGUCCAAAUCUGAAAUCUGACAGUGAAAUAUCCCUGUCCCUGCACACUGUACCCUUAAUGGUCAUGACAUCAUGCUACAUGUUAGCACAGUGGUUUUCAACUGGUGGGUCCAGACCGAAAAGUGGGUCACGGACACGUUCUGGAUGGGUCACGAACAGCCGGUCAAAAAAGUAAAUAUUUAAUGCGAUAUUCAUUAGAGAUUAGAUUUUUUUGCACAAGCAACUUCAGUAGUUGUCGUCCUCAUGUUGGCUCCUUCAUGUGCUCUGAAAUACACUUUACUCAAUAAAAAAAGUGGAUUUAUGUUAAAAAUUAGAGUCUUUAAAGGUUUUUUUUUAUAUAAAAAUUAAAUUUGCUUGGUUUGAAUUCUUUAAAAGUGGGUCAAGACUUAAGGACCACGGGAAAAUGUGGGUCCAAGAGUGAGACCAGUUGAAAACCACUGUGUUAGCAUGUGUUACCUGCUGUUUAGAGACCUCCUGUGAGCCAGGUCCAGACUCAGCUGCUAAUAAUGUCAAGUUUGUUCAUUAGAAAAAUGCAAAUGUACAAAGUCAGCCUUAAAUCACUGAGCAAUAAAGAUGAGAUUUUUUUUUUCAAUUAAAAAAGAUCAGGAAUUUUGUAUUCAAAGAUAAAAAAGGAAAGAAGAAUAUUUUUAAAAACUGAAAUGAAGACAAACGAGGAACUUCAGCGCUUGUAGUUCAAAACAAGUUUCUGGACAAAGUCUGGUCCGGUGUAGGAGUCCUCAGCAGAGGUGUUCACAGAGAGGACUGUGUCUGCUGGAGAGACGACGGGACUGAUGUCUGAUGGAUCACAAAGACACAAAAGGAAAAAAAAGAGGACAGAAAAAAAGGACUGAGAGUGGAUCAGAAACCCCUCUUACUGACCUGUGAUGUUUUUGUGGAUACAGAGAAGGACAGACGCUUUGCGGCCCUGGCGUGUCUGAUCAACUUUAUAGAUGAGAGGAAGCUGAAAUCCAAAGAUUGAAUUGCUGCAGCCUCAAUACACAGCCUCCUGUGUUAGUGUGUGUGUGUGUGUGUGUGUGUGUGUGUGUGUGUGUGUGUGUGAGAGAGAGAGAGAGAGAGAGAGAGAGAGAGAGAGAGAGAGAGAGAGAGAGUUUGUGACUGCAGGUCUGCUGCAGAUAUUUGGGAAGUUCGGUCACGGUGGAAAACUGUUUGAAUUAAACAAGUAUCUUCAGUUUCAAAAAAAUGAUUUUAUCAUCUUCUGUACCCUUAAUUAUCUGAACUUACUGCACAAAAAGACGCCGAAUGCCGGACCGUGUUUUUCGUUUUAGUCCUAUGUCCAUUUAUUGAUAGCAGGUUUUCAACGGACCAAUUUUUUUUGUGUGUGUGUGUGAGUGUGUGAUUUUUUUCCUGAAUCACAAAAACAGACCGGUCCGAGAGCUGCGGGUGCGUGACUCCCGCACCCGCAGCUUCGCACCGCUCGGCCCCGCGUCCCGACCUCAGGGCCUGCAGACUGUCCCGGUAUGAAUGUUCCAGAAACGCCCCCCCCCCCUCCCCUCUGCUCUGUGUGGAUGAUUUAGAAAAAAAAAGCAUUUUAUGUUUAUUUAUAAAACAUGUGGACUGUUUACACCGUAACUUAUUUUCCCUGCAGUUUCAGACGUGCUUGAACGCAGCACGUGACGGCCUGACGGGUAUGAAUGUUUUUAUGUUUUUGCCUUAAACAAACACACACACACACACACACACACACACACACACACACACACACACACACACACACACACACACACACACACACACGCUGAGCAUGUGUUUAUAUAGUUUAUAAUGUUUUUUACUGAACACGUGCAGCGGUAGGCCUGUUUUUAUGAUUCACGUGUACAUAAUUUAUAUGACGAUGAUGAUGAUGGUGAUGAUAAUGAAUAAAAGUCAUUGAACUUUAA